AUGGCGUCCCACUUGUACAACCUCCGUGAUACCGGAAAGACCCACCACUACGACCUCCGGGACACGACCGUCUCUGCUACCAAGGACCAGAUACUCCACUCGACUGCCGACCAGCACCAGCACGAGCAGGCUCACGCUCACGCUCAAGCUCAAGCUCAAGCUCAUGCUCAUAUCCAAGGACAAGGAGAGGGACAGCGACAGGGACAGGGAGAGGGACAGGACCACACCCAAAAGUCGCACACUGGUCACCACCAACAGCACCACCAACAGCACCACCAACAGCGCGACCACCCGUCGGUUCAGCUUGCAACUGGUGCUGAGGCUACCCUCGAACAUCCAGUUCACCCCGAGCACGAUCCUACUGGGAAAUACAUCUUCAACCAACGGACACACAUCAGCCAAGAGAACAACAACAUCCCCUUUCUCAAAUUCGCACACACCAACAAUAUCAAGGCGCUCGCCCAAAACCACGUUCACCACCAUAACGGAAGCAGCAAAUCCGCAGACCAUCUCUCUUCUACCACCACCAACAACAGCAGCAACAUAAUGGCAACGAACAAGGAUCGCCCUUUGCCCGUACCCGGUAAAAUCAGCAAAUCAGAGCGAAAGCGCAGGAAUAAGCAGGGUGGAUCCGCGGCGGUGCUCGGGAGUGGGAGUGGGGAUGUAGACAAGUACUCGUCCUGGUCGCGGGAUGAGCUCCUUCACAGGAUUCGGGAACUCGAGAGUGGGACUGGUUCGAGCAAUGGACCUUCGAAUGCGACGGCGAUUCCUGCGCACUUGAUGUCGACGGACUCUUCGUCGAGUCCUGGAUCGAUGGCGUCGACCGAUAACGAGUCCGAGGCGACUUCAUCCACCCCAGUCUACUCUACGAUCGAAACCCCCAAGCGUAAGGACCGUCGCCCCUUUGAUUUCUCCAAAUACGCCAAACGUCAUGUUGCUUUCCGGGUUGCCUACUUUGGAUGGCCGUAUGGAGGAUUCGCGUCGCAGGGGAUGAACGAGAUCAAGACGGUCGAGUCAGAGUUGUUCAACGCGCUGUUGGCGGCCAGGAUUAUUGAGGACCCUUUGGAUUGCAACUACUCGAGAUGCGGUAGAACCGAUCGAGGCGUUAGUGGAUUAGGUCAGGUCAUUGCUUUGACUGUUCGUUCUGCCUUGCCCAAAUCUUCGCCACAUGUCAUCCGCUCAGAGGGCGAUGGAUUUGUCCCCGAGACAAAGGAUCCUGCAGAUGAGGGACUGACACAGGAGGAACUGGAGGCCAAGGCAGGAGUCUACUGGAAGCGCGGGAUCAAGCGUAACAAGGACGGCAGUGUCUUUGGCGAGCUGGCGUACCUCAACAUCGUCAACCGUCUCUUGCCCCCAGACAUCAGGAUCAUUGCCUGGGCACCCGUUGCCGAGGACUUCAACGCUCGGUUCCACUGUUCCUGGAGACAGUACAAGUACUUUUUCCCCAAGGGCAUUAUCGACAUUGAGAAGAUGCGGGCGGCGUCGCUCAAGUUCUUGGGCACACACGAUUUCCGCAACUUUUGCAAGUACGAUUCCUCCAAGACGAUCGAGAACUAUGACAGGACCAUCCACGAGAUCUCGAUCGAGACUGUCCCCGAACACAACUUCCCCGCCAAGAAGAGUCGAGAGUUUUACCAAUUGACGUUGAAGGGAUCGGCGUUCUUGUGGCACCAGGUCCGGUGCAUGAUGUCGGUUCUGCUGUCGGUGGGCCAGGGGUUGGAGGAGCCUGAGGUGAUUGACCAGCUCAUGGACGUGCAGAAUUGUCCUGCCAAGCCCAACUACGACAUGGCCUCUGAUCUGCCUUUGGUGUUGUACGAUUGCCACUUUGAGAACAUCGAGUGGCAGCACCAGACCGAAGUCGAUUUGGUCAACGACAUUACGCCGCUGAGACUGUACCGCGCGAUGGAGGAUCAAUGGUCGUGCUAUGUGACCAAGUCGCUGAUGUACUCGCGGAUGUUGGAGCAGCUCGAUCAGGCAAUGUUGAUCAACUUGCCUGAACCCGGUCAGUCGAUCAAGUUGGGCGAGUAUGCUGAGCAGAACGCUGAGAAGGAGAACAAUAUCUCCCUUGGUGGAGAUCUCCGCAUGUUCAUGGGCAAGCGUUACUCCCAGUUGAUGCAACGCCAAAAGUGCCUGCCGACCGAGGUCAAGAACAAGAAGCACCAGGAGCGCAAGAGGAUCAAGUUGGCGUUGGCUGAAAGUGAGGCCAACAGCGAGAACAACAGCGAGAACAACAGUGGGGCCAGCAGUGAAGUCAGUUCGCCUGCUCCUGCUAGUGUCGAGACUUUUGCCAAGACUGUUGUUGAGCCUUCGUCCCUUGGUACUUUAGCUUCUACACCCGCUGAGGAGGAGACAAAGGGACAGGAACAGGAUUCAUCAACGACGACGACAGCUGGGGAGAGCGCUGAAACGGACAGCAAGGCACUCCAGGCGUAG